CCGCGGCGCCAUUUUGCAGGCGGCUGUCGCGGGGACCGGAGGCGGAGGCGGCGGCGGCGGCGGCGGCGGCUGGCACUGCGGCGCCGAGGCGCGGCGGCAGGACGGGAGCCCAGCGAGCUGCAGCCAGCUAGGUCUUGACUCUGCUAACCGGGAUCCCCCUGUGGUUUCGAGCUGGGACCUCAGCAGCACGAGGAAAUGUAGCUCAGCGGCUUGUAACGGAAAGCAUAUGGACAGGUCCACGGCACGGCAUUUAGGUGCUAAGAGAUGGCGGCGCUUGUGGGGCUCUUCUCUGCCUGAGCAUCGGGCCCUCCAGGCACUGGGAGAGCCGGCGCAGAUCCUGGGCUCCUCGCCUGAACAAGCCUUCUCUUCCAGCCCCGGCAGUCCAGCAGCUGAACUGCUCGUUUUCUCUUAAUGAUGGGCAUCGGUAAGAACACUACGUCCAAAUCCAUGGAGGCUGGAAGUUCAACUGAAGGCAAAUACGAAGAUGAAGCGAAGCACCCUGCUUUCUUUACUCUUCCGGCUUCCAGGACCUAAGAUCACUCCAUGCGCCUCACCAGGGCAGGCAUGAGGGAUGGGGAUGAAUUCUGGUCCUUACUUUGAGGGCCCAGAAGCUAGAUUUUGUCGGCAGGAAGAGCCCCCACACCUGUCCAGUGCCACACGUUACCGCCUGUCUGCGCCUGCGCCGGCAGGCUGGUUUGCAUAGUAACCACGGUGAGAAACGUCAGCACGUCAGCACGUCAGCACGUUAGGUGAUCAGCAGUGCGCGAGUUGCAUCUCCGGGGGACGCCGCUCAGAAUCGUCAUCACGCGGUGACUUGGGAAGGGAUCUCGACCAAGGCAGCUCAGGAUGCUUCCCGCCGCCCAGAGAAGCAGCUGCGCCCUCUUGGCCUCGGAGGGCGUUGCGGGCCCCGCUCCCCGGGCUUUCUGUGGGUGCUCCGUCCGGCCUCCGCCUGUGGGACCCGCGGGGCGUUUCUCUCCCCCCGUCAGAGACACACGGUCGCUGAUGCAGUGCACACGUGUCCGGCGUUUGCUUUAGGAAAACUGGAAACUUGGCUGAUUUGGUGGUGAUAAAUGGAGGUGCCACGUCCAGCGGUGAACAGGACAAUGAAGACACGGAGCUCAUGGCAAUCUACACGACGGAGAAUGGCAUCGCAGAAAAGAGCUCUCUUGCCGAAACUUUGGAUAGCACUGGCAGUCUAGACCCCCAGAGAUCGGACAUGAUUUAUACCAUAGAAGACGUCCCUCCCUGGUACCUGUGCAUAUUUCUGGGGUUACAGCACUACCUGACCUGUUUCAGUGGCACCAUCGCCGUGCCCUUUCUGCUGGCCGAUGCCAUGUGUGUGGGGUAUGACCAGUGGGCCACCAGCCAGCUCAUCGGGACCAUUUUCUUCUGCGUGGGAAUCACAACCUUGCUGCAGACAACGUUUGGAUGCAGGUUACCCCUGUUUCAGGCCAGUGCUUUUGCAUUUCUGGCCCCUGCUCGAGCCAUCCUGUCUUUAGAUAAAUGGAAAUGUAACACCACAGAUGUUUCAGUGUCCAAUGGAACCACAGAGCUGCUACACACAGAGCACAUCUGGUACCCCCGGAUACGUGAGAUCCAGGGUGCCAUCAUCAUGUCCUCACUGAUAGAAGUGGUCAUCGGCCUCCUCGGCCUGCCCGGGGCUCUGCUGAAAUACAUCGGGCCCCUGACCAUUACGCCCACGGUGGCCCUCAUCGGGCUGUCUGGCUUCCAGGCGGCAGGAGAGAGAGCGGGGAAGCACUGGGGCAUCGCCAUGCUGACAAUUUUCCUAGUAUUACUGUUUUCGCAGUAUGCCAGAAAUGUUAAAUUUCCUCUUCCAAUUUACAAAUCCAAGAAAGGAUGGACUGCAUACAAGUUACAGCUUUUCAAAAUGUUCCCUAUCAUCCUGGCCAUCCUUGUGUCCUGGCUGCUGUGCUUCAUCUUCACAGUGACUGACGUCUUCCCUCCCGACAGCACAAAGUAUGGCUUCUAUGCUCGGACGGACGCCAGGCAGGGCGUGCUUCUGGUAGCCCCGUGGUUUAAGGUCCCGUACCCAUUUCAGUGGGGCCUGCCCACCGUCUCCGCGGCAGGUGUCAUCGGCAUGCUCAGCGCGGUGGUCGCCAGUAUUAUUGAGUCCAUUGGGGACUAUUACGCCUGCGCAAGGCUCUCCUGUGCCCCGCCGCCCCCCAUCCAUGCGAUCAACAGGGGGAUUUUCGUGGAGGGUCUCUCCUGUGUUCUCGAUGGCAUAUUUGGUACUGGGAAUGGCUCUACUUCAUCCAGUCCCAACAUUGGCGUUUUGGGAAUUACUAAGGUCGGCAGUCGCCGGGUGAUCCAGUAUGGUGCGGCCCUCAUGCUGGCGCUGGGCAUGAUCGGCAAGUUUAGUGCCCUCUUCGCCUCCCUCCCGGAUCCGGUGCUCGGCGCCCUCUUCUGUACUCUCUUCGGAAUGAUCACAGCUGUUGGGCUCUCCAACCUGCAGUUCAUCGACUUAAAUUCUUCCCGGAACCUCUUUGUGCUUGGAUUUUCAAUCUUCUUUGGGCUCGUCCUUCCAAGUUACCUCAGACAGAACCCUCUCGUCACAGGAAUAACAGGAAUCGAUCAGGUGUUGAAUGUUCUUCUCACAACUGCUAUGUUUGUAGGAGGCUGCGUGGCUUUUAUCUUGGAUAACACCAUCCCAGGUACUCCAGAGGAAAGAGGAAUCAGGAAAUGGAAGAAGGGUGUGGGCAAAGGGAGCAAGUCGCUCGAUGGCAUGGAAUCCUACGAUUUGCCAUUUGGCAUGAACAUUAUUAAAAAAUACAGAUGCUUCAGCUACUUACCCAUCAGCCCAACCUUUGUGGGCUACACGUGGAAAGGCCUUGGGAAGAGUGCCACCAGCCGGAGUUCAGACGAGGACUCACAGGCCACGGUAUAGCUGUAGAUCACCCUGUGGCCCAGCCGCAGUGAGGCAUGAAUCUGUAGUUCCUUGCUGAGUAACAAGCAGUAACAUAUAUGUUUGUAUAUCUGCAUUUACCUUCUGCACCCAGAGCUAAGACGAUUACAGAUAGCUUUUUUGUUGUGGGUGGUGAUUGUGUCUAAUAUCGUGUCUCACCUGUCUCCUUAUUUAAGCCCUACCCCUUGCCCUUGAGAGCAUCCAUUGAACUUCCUGUCCUCCUGUGGGAGUGGGUGUUUGAAAUCCACAGCAGUUCCUUGGUUUUGGUCUCCUCCUACCACCCUAGGCUAGCUUUCUUACAAGCUGCUGCCACGGUCCAGGGGCUUUCUGUCCCGGAAGCACCUGGACCUGCUUCUGUUUUAUUUGACCUCGGCCUGCAACCCGCAGAGACCCCCCUCUGGUCAAGGGGCACCAGUAUCCUCACACGGUCACAACUGACGGUCAAAUGGGAUUCUGCGUUCCCUGAUCCUCCUGCAGGAGGAGGCUAUUGACCUGAUUGAAAACCAUGACAUGGUUACCCCAGGCCCAUGUCUGUGCGUGGGUAAGGUCUGUACAGGUAUUAUUAGAACUGAAAUCUGUUUGGGGAAUUGGAGGGAAAGGGAAAGUACCUGGAAGUCCUAUCUGAUUCUCAGCUGCUCUUUCUUGGUGUCACCCUGGCCCACGCUGGGCCAGCACAUUUCAUGGGCUUCUUUUUCACUCUGAUUGAGACACUCUUUCUGACAUUUAUCACUCUGGGCUGGUGUGAUGGGUAGAGUGCCACACAAGGGCACUAAGCAGAUGUUUAUGGGAGUCUCGACUCUGCUGUCAUGUGGAUGUCGGUUACUGUUGCGCUUGUCUAUAAAUUACAAGAUUUUAUUCCUAUUUAAUGUUAUUGACUAUAGCAGGUUUUUGAAAUCAGUGUUUUCCAUGUGACCUUCUUACCUUGCAUCCCUGUUACUUGUCCCCCACCCCUCACCUCCCGUUAAGAAAAGAACCAGCAUUUGUAAAGCUGUGGACACCAUCAGGGAAGCUUGUCGUCAUGGCUUUUGAAGGCCAGUAACCAUUAUUGUGGUUGUGUUUUGUAUUGCUUGAUACCAUGAAAGUGUAAAUACUGUAAUGCCUAAUCUAUUUAUCAAAACUGACUACUGGACCAGAGCCCAGAAACCAUGGGUUAAGUUAUACGUGAAUUUGUUUUGUGAAGAAGGGAAGCUGGGGGCAGGUAAUCAACGGAGCCGCCAUAUUGAAGGGUCGGGCAUCCUGGUAAAUUCAUCACUGCAGUUCUGUUUCGAGUCUUUUCUGGCACUUGAGGCUUAAGGAGACUGUGUGUGGGUUGCCAUGUUUUGUGCCCACUGGAUCUUAAUUUUGCAGAGGGGAAGAUUAGACCUCUACCCUGGCCAAAUGCACCUUUCCUUUUUAAGUCAUUGCAGAAGGUGGUGAGAAAAGCAGUUGGCAGGGCCUCUUCCGUCGAGUUCUCGUUCAUAACACUAAAUCCUUUCUGAAAAAAUGACUUCUGCGGAAUUUGGUUUGAAAUUUGUCAGCCAAAGGAAAAUCCUGAAACACCAAGGAGUGACCUCGCCGCGUGAGGUAGUGCGACCUAGGCGGUUCUUUGACCUGGUUGAGCCUUGGACGGCUGCAGGUGUUCCUGUCUCUGACGGCAGGGCACGGUUCUCAGCCGCCGUGUGUCCACAGGCUGCGUCCCCUGCCCCCGCAGCUGGCUCUGCUCCACCACACUGGCACGUCCUUGGCAGCGUUAUUGUCCCCCUAGCCUCCCGGACUCUAGGGAAGCUUGGGGCUGCAAGGCGUGUUCUGGCAAGAACAGUUUCACAGCCGCUGAGUUGUAUGGCAAGAUCUGGUUGCCGAUUAAGUAAAAAAAGAUUAGCUUCUAAAUUGCAUUUAAUUUUGUGUGUUGUUUUUAAAAAUUGUAUCUGAUGCAUGGUUAACUUUAGAAGCACACUGGUUAACGACUUUCAUCCCUUUAACUUGGUAAGCACUCGAUGCCGAAGGCCCUCCUGCACCGAGUCACUCUCAGUUUCCUUCUAUUUGUGUUUUUGCUCAGCAUCUCUAAUUUCGCUGCUCUGAAAAGUGGGGAAAACUGUUAAACAUGCCAGAGAUUCUAGCUCUCUAGGGGAGCAGAAGGACCAAAUAUCCAAAUAAAGGCAUCUGAACCAUUGGAUAAUCUUAACUUUCAACCUGGCAUCUUCCCUCCCAGUGAGUGACACUCAGGAUAUGUGCUUCAGACAUCCAGAAACCCACUUGGGCUGGGUUUUAUUGGGCGGUCCCAAGUCUGCUGGUCUGGGGGAUGUCUUCUGCAAGCAUUUGAAUGUGGAGGGAAGCCCUGUACCCCCGCCUUCUGUUAGAAAUGAGGGGUUUUGUCCUUCUUGUUCCAUUGGGGCCAACUUUAGAUUCCCUAAGGCAGGGGGAAGGGGGACAGGAGGUGGGGAGGAAAGAGGGCAGCCCGACUAGAGGGCCCGUUGAGUCUGGUACUUUCUGCACAGCCUGUGAAACUCACCUCGGCUUGAGUGAUUUGGAGUCUCCUGAUGAUUAAUGUCAUUUUAGACGGUGGUCCUGCUGGCAGAUAUGCUACAGAAUGAGUCUGUAAUCAAGAGAAAAAUGUAUUCGUCUGCUCCUUAGGCUUAAGCACAUGCAUGAAAGGGAGGUUUGGGGGAACACAGUGGCCGUUCCUCGUCUGCGUUUGUGCACUUCCCACUUACGUUGUUGGCCUGCGCUGCUGGGGCGGGUACCCACCAGGCUUUGUUUGGCCAGUAGAAUGUUUCCAAGGGUUUGGGAUGUAAAUGUCCUUGGGCGGGGCAUUCAGACUCCAGUUUCCAUAGUGACCACCUACCCACCAUCUUUACAUUCACCUUGGGGGACUUGAUGUGAGAAGCAGAAAGUAUUUAUAAGGACAGUAGGUGCUGUCAUAUCACGGUGGGUGGCAAGGGAGAUCCCACCACUGGUUUUAAUAAAACACCUAACAUGGUUGACAGAAUGAUGGGAAAUGGCUCCAGUCUUUGUCUCGUUAGGGAAUUAAACUGAGAUUCGUUCAUACGAACUGAGACUCUUUCUUAAGAGGGUUUCGGAUGUUAACUUGUAGUAAGUUUCUGGUGAUGGGUGAGGGCAAGAGAAGUGGCUUAACCAGGCCAGCUAGAAUGAAGCAUCACGAGUCCCCAAUGGUUUCCCAUUUUCAUAGUAACAAAUUCACACACAGGAUUUGCUUUAUACUGUAGAAUACUGACUUUCAUGAUGACGACUUGGUUUAUGCAUGAAUCUUGCAGUAUUUCCAUAUAGUAAAAUAACAUUUCUACCCAGGAUAAUAGUCACAGUUUUCCAGGGAGGGAAUGAUACAAUUUUCAUGACAAUGUCAUGUGAUAAUAGAAUUUCUCCAUUGAUGAAUCUCUAGUAUGUGUGUAUACUUUAUUUACCCAUGCGUCUACUUUCUCACCAUGAGCCAACUUGUUCCUUCUUCAGUUCACGGCCCUGCUGAAAUACCAGUACCGGCAGCUUUGACUUGAGGUUGGCAGUUACGAUCUUCUGUAAUACCGAUGUGGCAGGCGUGGCCAGGCCAGGUGGAAGGUGGAUAGGUGGCUGUGGCAGAAGCCUCAUUCCGGAACCUGGCCGGCGCGGGGCCAUGCUGUCGCUGUGGGUGGGGCCUGAGACUUCGGGGGGGUGGGGCUUGGCCUCAGAGAAGCGCCGGGGGUUUUCACACGCUGUGCGUGUGGUGCUCUGUCCCCUUAGGAUUUGGACACCUGCCACUUGACCUGCAGUCACAUCCUGAGUAGCGCAGGAAGACCACUUGCAGUGGCAGGCAUUCGGCUCCCACCCGUGGACGCGGAAGGCACGUUAGCGCUGGGCACCCCUUUUCAGCAGCCUCACACACAUUCCUGUCCUUUGAGGUUGUUCUUGACCGUGCCUCGUCCUCACUCCACAGAAGCCACAUCUGGCGUCCUUAGACUUGCUGUGUUUGUCUCCUGGCACGUAGGGCACCCUCACCAGUGUUGCCGUCUUACUGACAGUUCAAGUUAAUACCCUUUUCUGUUCGUUGGUAACCUUUGUUUGACCCAUUAAUAAAUUUCUGACUGUUCUUAAAGCAGUGGGGAUGCCUAUAUUUUCCUUGAGUUUUUGUGACUGACUUUGGCUAUCUACCUUUCGGGGAUUUUCUUUGUUUUUUAUUUUUAUUUUGCAUACCGAGGGUAUUUGGGGGUGGGGUUGUUUUUUGAGAUGUGUAAUUCUUUUAUGGAGUUUUUAAAAAGAAUUUUCAUAUUGUUUUUCUAACAUGGCUUCAUUAAACGUUUAAGUAUUUUAAAAAUAUGUAAUAUUUGGACCAGAUGUUGUGAAUAAUAGUAGAGAUAAAGCUAUUUUAUUCUGUAUUUUUAAAACCGUUCUGUACAAAUAAAAGCUCUCCUGGACACAGUUCUGUGUUCAUGUGCCUCCUUCUUUGGCUGGUCUUUAAGAAAUUUGCCAUUAAUUAAAAGUCAUCACCUAGGGAAGGGAAAUCGACUAAUAAAAAACUCGCUUCGGCAAGCCUCAGAUGUUACCGUUGUCAGGGUCCUGGAAGACUCAAAAGGAGGAAAGCAGGAGCCAAAGCAUCCUCUGUUCUGCGCCCAGAGAACCACAGCAGGCGCCUUGGGGGGAAGCCUGAGUGAGCCUUCCAUUCUGGGAUGCACCCUGCUGGACUGUGGGUGAAACUGCGCGUCUCUUACUAAGGCAGCGACAUCUGGAGGCUGGACAGAGAACUGUCUGUCCACGCGGUGGGACCAAAGGCUCCCAGAGCAGCUUCAGCCGGCCGAGUAUCGGCGCUGGGGCAAGGAGCUCUGAGGCGUGGGUGCCAUAAAGGCCCGGAGCUGAGCUUGAGAGCAGCUGGUGAAAGCUCAUUCUGUCAGGCCUCCCGGUGGGGCAUGAACAUGGGCGCAGAGGGACUCCCAUGUAUUUCUUCCUUUAGAGCAAACUUAGAGUUCCCCCAUUCCUGUCUCCAUCCGUGCUUCGUCUCUGGCAUUUCGGGCCAUGAGUGGCCCCCACAGCUACUCCCAUAGGGUGUGCAUUCUGCCGUCUCCUGUCCCCAGUACCCUGACCUGUAAGCCGCCACUGGGCAACCAGUCAGUCACAAGGUGAAAUGUUUACACUAUGGACAUGCAAAAAAAAACCACCAAAAACAAGGCAUUAAAAUAAUACCCGUGUUCCCACCUCCAGCGGGACAAAAGCACAUUACCGGUACUUCAGACUGACCUCCUCCCACCCCCCCGCCGUGCCCCAUCCACCAAGAGAGAAUCACUGUCUGGGUUUUGGGUUGGUCCUUCCCUUGCUUCACAAUCUUGCCCAUAUAUACGCGUCCGUAAACAGUUUACUGUUUAGUCUGUUUUGCAUGUUUUUUAACAUUAUGUAAAAAGAAUAACGAUGUUGUAUGUAUUAUCACAUUUCACCCACUAUUGUGAGAUUCUUUCAUGUUGGUAUGUGUCUAUAAUGUAGUUCAUCCAUCUUCACUGCUGGGUAGUAAAAUUUAGGAUUACCAAAGACAAAGCUCAUUCUGAAAGCUUAUGGAGACCAUGAACCAGAAGCAAUGGACAUCAGAUAUUCCAGCAGCAACCCUGUGUGUGGAGUUAACAUUUCUAA